GUCAAACACAUGCCACGGGUUUGACAUGUAAAGUAAACACUGCAUAUAGGUUAUGUUUUUAUGAAAUUACACGAAAAUGGGCCGUAAAAUUCCAGCAAAAAAACAUCGUGGCGUGAAGGAUCCUUUGAAACAACAAGAACAACGAUUUCAGAGCAUAAAAGACAAAAUAAAUGCUCCACCGACUGAUCCGGAUGAGCAGCCCAUACCGAAGUCACUGCAGCGUCUUUUUGCUUUCAAAGAGCCCCGGACACCCGCUUCUAUUGUGAAGAAAAAGAAGUCACGUUUGAUAGCAGCUCGUGCCAGGCGUGAUGACAACCCUGUGGCAGCACUUAAGCGAAUGCCUGGUGAGGCGGGCCGCGCUUUUUCAAUGCGCAUUAAUAGUGCCGUGAGAGCACUGCAUAACACAGAUCAAGAGGACUACCCAUUAGACCUUGAAGAGACAGACACCAGAGGCGAAUACAUAGCUUCGCAACGCGAGCGGCGGCAGAAGAAGCAUCGUCAGGCCGUCGCCAAGGAAAAGGGGAUAAGGGGGCAAAAGGGGGCAAAGGGAGAGGAGCGUCUGAGCAAGGCGCAGCGACGUGCUCUUAAGAGGAAGGAGCAACAGAAAGCUAAGGAGGCUGAGACGAAAACAGCACUUGAGCUAGCGGCACGUGAACUCACUUACGAGCGUGUCGCAUUCGGCGACGUCGCGCACGCGCCGCCCGCGCUGCCCGCGCCGCGCCGCGCGCUGCUGCACCAGGGAGCGCCCAGGCCUGGCCGCCGCGACCUCCUCCUAGCCGGCAUGCUGAAGCCGAGCGCUCAACCAACUCAACAAAAACCUCAACCGACAAAAAAAUCCCAAGCGAAACCUCAGAUAAGCGCAGCGGAGCAAAUGCGACGAGAACGGGCGCGUUUGGAAGCCGUGGACGCGUAUAGGGCGUUGAAGAAACAGAGGGCGGCUGAAAAGGCCAAUCGGUGAUGUACUAAUGUGGACUUUAAGUACUUGCAAUAAGGUUUACCUAUGUAUUGUCAGUUAACAGUGAUUGCGAUGCGACUAAUAGUAACACUGCAAUCUUAACCUCCUAAUAUAAGGUCGAUCCUAGCUAUAGUAUUUAUUCAGUUUGAUUAAAUUUAAAUCAUAUUCAAAUGGAACAGAGUUUCAUUCGUUUUGUUUCGUUCAAUUUCCAAACAAAACAAAAUCAACUCUAUUUCGUACACUAUAGGUUCAAAUUUUAGUAUCCAAUUGUAAAGUCAUUUGUAUGGCUGGGUUUUGGGAGGUUAACUAAGCUUCAGUGGAUCUUAUGUCUUGGCAAUAAGGCUUACGAACUGUCAGUUAACAAUGAUGGCGACGGUAUUUUUAUUUUAUCCCCGUUUUUAUAUUCCAGAUACACAAUAGGGAGUAUUACUGCAAUGUUCUGCCGCUAGAGAGCGGCACUAUCACAUGACAUAAACCAUAGAGUAACUUAUACAUACUAUACCCAAUACCUACUAGGUUACUACUAACCAAUUUCUAUGGAUUAUGGUCCGAAAUAAACAAUUCUUUUUUUUUAUGCCUAAAUCAGUUUUUUGAUAAGUUUUUACUAUGACAUCGAUGCAUCAAGGCCGUUUGUUUAUAGAGGACUAUCGUGAAACGCGAAAAUCGAAAUUCGUAAUCUGUCCUCCUUAUCGCUCGAAUAUGCAAGAAUGAUAAAGAGGCAUGUUUUGUUGAUUUCCGUCCUCAUACUAUACCUAUACCUACCUAGCUGUACCUAUAGAUACCUAUGCAUUGUUACCCUCUCGUUUAGUUACAAUAAAUCAGUUCAGAAUCCAGACGCGUUUGCCUAAUGAUUCACCUGCAAUCAAAAUUGAACCUUAUUCCGUAUAGAACAAGCCAGAUUUUCGUGUUUCGUGGUAAGCCCUCAGAAUUCAUAAUUCAUAAUAAUUCAUAAUUCAUAAUUGAUUUAUUGUCUGUAGAAUGUGGUAGUGGUGCCCUCUACGCAGAGUUUAGCGUAAUAAUAAUUUGAUUACCUUAUUUACUAGAUAGCGCUGGUGGCCUAGCGGUAAGAGCGUGCGACUUGCAAUGCGGAGGUCGCGGGUUCAAACUCCGGCUCGUACCAAUGAGUUUUUCGGAACUUAUGUACGAAAUAUCAUUUGAUAUUUACCAGUCGCUUUUCGGUGAAGGAAAACAUCGUGAGGAAACCGGACUAAUCCCAACAGGGCUUAGUUUACCCUCUGGCUUGGAAGAUCAGAUGGCAAUCGCUUUCAUAAAAACUAGUGCCUACGCCAAAUAUUGGGAUUAGUUGUCAAGCGGACCCCAGGCUCUCAUGAUGCCUUAUUUACUAGAUACCCAAGCAUUCUGAUUUGUACAGUCACGUCUGAAAAUAUCGGUACGAAAAAUGUGCCAAAAAUAUGUAUCUAUAGGUACACUACGUUAAUAUAUGGGCAAUAAAGUCGUGUAUACAUAUUUUUGGCACUUUUUCGUAUCGAUAUUUUCAGACGUGACCGUGUAGGUACAAAUCCAACUCGUUCGUGUUUGGUGUUUGACGUUUCCCAAGCAUGUGGACCCAGCACUAAAAGUACCUAAAGAUAUAUGCUAAAAGUACCAUCAUAUCUGUACUGGAGUGUAAAUCAUUUUUGGCUUUUCGCUACAACGAUUUCCAUAUCGGUUGUUACCGCUGGUCCGCGGUGUCAGAGUGUGAAUAGCCUCUGAUAGAAGUGUGUUGUAUUAUAUUUUAAGAAAUACCUAAUUUAAUAAAUAUAUAAUCUUAUCAUGAAA